UUUGUACUUCAAAAUUUUUGCAGGUCAACGUGACACUUCUAGCCUCCGCCAAUCGCAUCGUUUACUUCAUCGGGCACUUGAAAUUACUGCAAUCAAAGCAGUUAUUUGCUUAAAGCACUUACUGCAAGCGUCCGAAUAGUCAAUCCGAGCAUGAUGAGAAUCUUCUUGCCAACACUCGUCGCGAUUUGGGCAGUCCAUGCCUUCGCGUUUGUGACCCCACCCUAUCCUGUCUUUCUACAAGCUUCUCCCACCGUCCUUCGGACCGCUUCGCAGGGUGCAACCCUGGAUCAACAUUUGAUGGAUCUAGCACAAAAGUUCAAGCUUGAAAUUUUUGAUCUUGACGAAGGUCUGUUCGGAUUCGACUCUAAAGACAACCGAUACGGCCUGGAAGUCGUUCAUACCAAUAUCGACGUGGGCAAUGAUGGACUAGGCUUGGUCCUCACUGAAAUGGCCGGCAGUCCCGACGGACGUGGGCUUGUUAUGGUGAGCAAAAUUACGGGAAAUGCCGCCAAGGCUAACCCUCAGGCCAUUCACGUGGGUGACACGAUUACUGGAGUUAUGGCCAACGACGGCGUGCUGAAAGAACGCGUCACCGCGUUCAAUUAUGACAAGACGGUCGAGGCAAUCGGCAGGGCAAAAGAAUCCUCCACUGAUGGGACCAUUACGUUAGAAUUGAACCGUCUCAUCAAACGCCUCCCUGUGAGGGUCGAAAUCGAUGACGGUUCGGGUCAUGUGCAAGUUAUUGAAGCAUUGGCGGGUGAAAAUCUUCGACGAAUGUUUAUGCGCAAGCAACUGAAACUCUACGACGAGCGCACACGUCGGUUUGAUCAACCUUUCAACACCGGGAACUGUGGCGGAGACGGCGUCUGUGGGACAUGUUUGGUGAAUGUUUUACAAGGUAUGGACUUGCUUAAUCCGAAAGACAGUCACGAGGUUUUCAUAACCAAAGGUCGACCGCCAUCCUGGAGAGCGUCCUGCCGCACAACCGUAGGUUUCAACAACGUCGGAGGUACCCUUCGGAUCAGUCUUCAUCCUCAAUCUGAAUUGCCCGAGGAGCUGUCGCCCGGAGUCAAGAGUCUCAAGCCAUAA